UUCUGUUUUGGUAAAGGUACUGACUACGAGGUUAAGUCAGCUAGAGAUUUGACUGUUGGUGGGAUACGCAGAUAAGCCAAGCCAUCUCUUAAUCGGAGGGAGAUAGAGACCAAUACAAGCUCCCCUUCAAACAAAAGCUCACUUGCCAUCUCUAAAUUUGAUUUCCUUCCACCGAGUUUACAUUGUUUGGUAGAUUUCCGAUUUUUCCAACAAGUUAGUCUCGCCAGAAGUUAUAAAGAUGCCACAACGCCUGUGCGCCUUAAUCUCCAUGCGCGGUGAGGGUUCUCUAUUUCUACGGUAUUUCUCCGGUGGUGGCAGGAGCGGGAUACAGCAGAAGACCCCACCGCGACCACCCCGUCGCAGAGAUAAGUGACCUUCACAACAACCGAAUGGAGACCUAUGCCGGCUUUGCGGACGGUUUGGCAGUGUCCGUUGCUUUGGAAGGGGCGACGAGUUCCUCCCUCAUCGCGGUGACGGCGAAGGAGAAGAGGACGGACAAAGAGCUCGAGGUCUGCCCUAGUGACCACGACGUGAAGGACGACGCGAUGGCGAAUCCAAUGACGAGAAUUCAAAAGUGGGUGCAGCACCAACGCGCUGGCUUCACUCCAGGCCGAGAAGCCUUAGCUCCUUGCAGCGACACUUUAGCCAACGUCAUCGACGACACCGUCUCGAGCAUUGUGACCCCUACGUGGUCCAUUAUUUCGAUGGAGGAAGAUGAUUAUUCGGUGAGAAACGACGCCACUCUUGAGCAGUCCAUGGCUGAACUCCAGGCCGCGAUGGACGCAACCAACUUUCCCACAGCCUUUCAAAACUACGAGAAAAAGAGAGCGGAACGACGCAAAGUAAAGAAUGCUGGACAAAUUGAACGUCGCUUGGAAAUUACUCCCGAACCGACUGCAUCCCGAACACAUGCAUCAGACCAAAGUUUUAAGAUCAAGCCUUUGAGAAAGGAAUCGAUAGUUGCUAGCGAGGGGACUGACCAGCAGAAUGCGACGUUCACCUUGGACAGAAUGGAGGCGGAGGUCAACCAGACGCACCAGAAUUUGCUCGUCGUUCCAGCAGAGAAAGUUGACACAGGUGAAAGUGGUCAAGAGAAUGGACGACUUCCUGCUCAGCAGACCCACUCCCUCCAACCACAGCCAACAACACCCAAUGCGCACGAAGGUCAGAAGAACGACGGUUGCCCUGUUUGUGAAGAGAAGUUCACCCAGAAAAUAACUGCUAUCGGUCAUCUCUUCCUCUUUUUGAGCAGAGAGGAGCAAGCGGAAGUGAGGCAGCGAUGGCGAGACGACUGCAACUUCUGCAGUACUCCAGUCAAACAUCAAUCCGGUGUCACUCUCGGACAAACCAAGGAAAAGCCCUACACUCAAAUUAGUCAUCUAAAAUUACACAAGCGCAUUCACAGUUCUAAACGAAAAUUCGAUCCCUUCAAGCGGGAUGAAUGCCAGCUAGGUCUCACUCCAAAGCAAAACCUGGUCAAAACAGUUCACCGGAAGGUGAAGGAGGUCACCUGCCCCCAGUGCCCCAAGAGGUUCAGCACGAAGGAUCACCUGGUACACCAUCUGAACGGUGUUCAUGUCAAAAUAAUCCGGUACCGCUGCCCUCACUGUGGGAAUACAUUCAAACAUAAAACCAACCUUGGAACGCAUUUGAUGAAGUUUCACCCCAAAGAAUUUCAUCCUUCUCCUGCCAAAGAACGUCCCAUCAACUGAAAAAUAUGUUUUCCAUACUCUACAUUUAUAUCUUCCUGGUUCAUGGCAAGAUAAUUAUUUUCAUACGACUGAUAGAAAUAGCAUAAUUGAAUUAUUACUCUGUAAACAUGACACGAUAUUUGUUAUGUUACUUUUUUUAUCAGAGCGGUUUUUAUUAGUAAAGUCAUUUUAAAUAUAAAACCUUGAA